CGAUUACAUGUGACAUUUGACGAAUGACUGACACAUUGGAUUUGUCAAAGUCAAAAGUCAAAAUUUGAAGAAGAAAACAAUUUUACAAGUCAUCAACCAUGGAGGCUAUGGAUAUUGUUAUACCAGAAAAAGAAGAAGGUAGUCCUUCGGAAGUAAAACAAGUGCUGCAGGAUGUGGAUACUGAAGAUUUGUACACUAAAUAUAAAAAACUUCAACAACAGUUGGAGUUCUUGGAGGUUCAAGAAGAGUACAUUAAAGAUGAGCAAAGGAAUCUCAAAAAGGAGUAUUUACAUGCUCAGGAAGAAGUGAAGCGUAUCCAGUCUGUCCCGCUUGUUAUUGGACAGUUUUUAGAAGCUGUAGAUCAAAACACUGGCAUUGUUGGCUCAACUACAGGUUCAAAUUAUUAUGUUAGAAUCUUAUCAACAAUUGAUAGAGAACUCUUAAAACCUUCUGCUAGUGUUGCUCUUCAUAAACACAGCAAUGCCUUAGUAGAUGUCCUACCACCAGAGGCAGAUUCUUCAAUAAGCAUGCUCCAGGCUGAUGAAAAACCAGAUGUUCAAUACAGUGACAUUGGAGGUAUGGAUAUGCAGAAACAAGAAAUUAGGGAAGCUGUAGAGUUACCUUUGACUCACUUCGAAUUGUAUAAACAGAUUGGUAUUGAUCCCCCCAGAGGUGUGUUGAUGUAUGGACCUCCUGGAUGCGGGAAGACUAUGUUGGCCAAAGCUGUUGCUCAUCAUACUACAGCUGCCUUUAUUCGUGUAGUCGGAUCAGAAUUCGUACAGAAAUAUCUUGGUGAAGGUCCUCGAAUGGUUAGAGACGUGUUCCGUCUAGCAAAAGAAAAUUCUCCAGCAAUCAUCUUUAUUGAUGAAAUUGAUGCAAUCGCUACCAAACGUUUUGAUGCCCAGACAGGUGCUGAUCGUGAAGUCCAGAGAAUUUUAUUGGAACUGCUUAACCAGAUGGAUGGUUUUGAUCAGACAACAAAUGUUAAGGUUAUCAUGGCAACUAACAGAGCUGAUACAUUAGAUCCUGCACUUCUGAGACCUGGUCGUCUGGACAGAAAAAUCGAAUUUCCUUUACCAGAUAGAAGACAAAAGCGUUUGAUUUUCAGCACUAUCACAUCUAAAAUGAAUUUGUCAGAGGAGGUCGACUUGGAGGACUAUGUAGCUAGACCAGACAGAAUAUCAGGAGCAGACAUAAACGCCAUCUGCCAGGAAGCCGGUAUGCAUGCCGUCCGAGAAAACCGUUACAUCGUUUUACCUAAAGAUUUCGAGAAGGGUUAUAAGAAUAACAUUAAGAAGGAUGAGAGCGAGCACGAGUUUUACAAAUAGUUUAUUUAUAUUUUUUAUUAUUACUAAUCUAAUAAAGACUUGUAAAAUGUA